UGUUCAAUAAAAGUGCUUGUGUGGUUUCAUGAGGCAGAGACGUUGGACGGAGACCUCUCUGGACGGGUUUUCUGUUGCAGACUCUCUCUCUUUUUGCAAAAAGAUUAAACAAAGAUCAACUAAAAUACUUCCUGGUUCUUUGGAUUUUACAAUACACAUUUAAGAGUCAUUCUUGACAGUUAAACAUAUUUAAUCAUCAGAUAUAUAGAAUUAGAUUAGUUUCUCAAAAAGAAUUCAAAUUCAUUUUUUUGGAUUGAUUUAAAUUUUGCUUAAUUUAUGGUAAAAAAAUAUGUUUUGAUUUUAAAAUGUUAUUAGGUAUUUUUGAUACUUUUAAAUUGAAAAACUACUUAAAAAACAAAAAAAAACUAGUCAGCUUCUUUAGAAUAUUUUAUGAUUAUUAAUUUAUUUGUUUUUUCUUUUGUAAAAAAAAAGUAAAAAUUGGAAUGAAACUGUUGCUUGUUUGACCAAGAAACGUGAAAAAAACACAUCAAAUCAAUCCUGGGUGGAUUAUUGUGAUAUGAUCGAUACAGUGAGAGAUCUUUUUUUUAUUAAGAAUAGACUCGGUUGCUUCAGGGUGUGGUCCACGGCGCCUGAGGGGACGUGAGGAUCUCUAAUCCUGUCUGAACUUGUGUCUGUUGCUCUAAGGAUCAGUUUUGUUGCUGGAGGCGGUGAUUUUCUGAUCACUGAAGAUGUGCAGCCACCAAAACAACACUCACAAAUAUCAAUUGUUGUAUUUGAUGAAUUCUUUUUUCCUCCGCAGCUCUGGUAAGAUGGGAUCCUCUGCCGUCCAGAUGGCGUGCGUGGCCCUCGGGGUCCUGGGACUGCUCGGCGUGGUGGUGGCCUGCGCUCUUCCUCGCUGGAGAGUGUCGUCCUUCAUUGGCUCCAACAUUGUGACGGCUCAGAACUCCGAGGAGGGUCUGUGGAUGGAGUGCGUGGUGCAGAGCACGGGCCAGCAGCAGUGCAAGAACUACGACUCCAUCCUGGUGCUGCCCUCCGACCUGCAGGCCGCCCGCGCCAUGACCAUCAUCAGCUGCAUGCUGGCCACCCUCAGCCUCCUCAUCAUGUUCUGCGGCGCCGACUUCACCACCUGCGUCCAGAACGAGGACGCCAAACCCAAGAUCAACCUGGUGGGCGGCGUGGGGCUGCUGCUGGCCGGCCUGCUGGUCAUCAUCCCCGUCAGCUGGUCCGCCCACAUCACCGUCAGGGACUUCAACAACCCGCUGAUCCCCGCCACCAUGAAGAGGGAGAUGGGCGCCUGCAUCUACCUGGGCUGGGCCGCCGGCGUGCUGCUGCUCCUGGCCGGAGGUCUGCUGUGCUGCUUCAGCCGGCCCAGAUCCGGCGGCUCCGGGGGAACCGCCAAGUACUACAGCAACAGCGCCCCCGCCACCAACAAGAACUACGUGUAGAGAACGGGACUGAAGCAGAGAGGAACCCAGGAGAUGUUUUAAGAGUUUGUUAUGUUUACUCCCAGUAGAUCCAUAAUGUUUUCCUUUUUGCUCUUGAUGGGGUCAUAAAGGAGGAAAGACUUUUUAUCCUGAAAAUCCUUUAAAAUCAGGAUCGUGUAAAGCACAGAAACUCAUCUGCCUACAUAAAAAUCAAAUAUAAUUAUCUUUAAGCUUAGAAUUAGAAGGAUUUAAAGCGGCUUAACAGACAUUCUUGUUUGUUUUUUCCUUGUUUGUAUUAUUUGUUUGCAU